GCAUGUAACACCUGUGAGGAGAGAGGAAAGAGGGGAAUCCAGUGGGGCUAGUGAAGAUGAGAAGAAACUGGAGAAGAUGGUGACGGAGUGGGUGGCUAACUUAUCCCUAGGGGAAAAUGAGGAAGCAUUGAUGUACAUCCCCCAGGAUGAGAGGGAUGCUGUUGUGGCAGAGAUAAAGGUCCUGACUGACCCGUUAGAGCAACAGGCCCUAGAAGAGAAAAAAAGAAUGGAAUGGAAACUGCGACUAAGGAGGCAGAGAACGAGGCACGUAGCGGCGGCCACCGAGUUAGAGAAAGAAUUGGCUGCCGUAGCAGAACAACAUUCUAAUGCGUUGACACAAGGGGACUUGCAGAGCAAGGUGGAUGCGAUUGCAAAAAGUGUAGAUGUGCUUAUUCGCGUCCAACAGGAACAAAUGCAUUUCUCGAGUGGCCGUGACAUAGCCGUACAGUCUAUCCGUGUAGGCUUUAGAGACUUUGCCGACGAUAUGAUGAUGCGGAUGGGCUCUGAAAUGCAGGCUCGUAUGAAGAACGCAAAACAAUUCUGUGUUGGCGCCAUAGAGGGCGCCAAGCUUGCAGUCCCAAAGGAGGAGGAGGCACGCCCGCGUAGGGAACGAGUAAAGGUAAAGUUUCCUGACGCCUACAACGGGAAACAGGGGGAAGACUUUGAUAAUUGGGAAGCCAAUAUCAAUUCCUACGUGCACCUCCAGGAUAUUAUUCCUGAUUCUUCAAACCUGGACAUGCAAAGAAUGGAUUCGGGUGGAGGCGAGGCCAUCGAUCAGUUCGCCAAGCCAGACACUGCCCAGGUGACCAUUGGUUCGCCAGUAUGGGUCGAGGACCCUGUGAUUAUGUGGAUAGAGGCCACUGUAAUAAAGAUAUCAGGCGACAAGAUUACAUCAGAGACACGAGAUGGGAACACGGUGGUUUCCAGCAUCGAAAAUGUGUACCCAAGAGAUGAGGAAGCCCCCUCAAAUGGGGUGGAUGACAUGACAAAGCUGUCCUACCUGCAUGAACCUGGCGUCCUGCAGAAUUUGUACAUUAGAUACCAACUGGAUAUGAUCUAUACAUACACCGGCAACAUCUUGAUUGCCGUAAAUCCUUUCCAGAAGAUGCCUCAUUUGUUUGGGACACACAUGAUGGAGGAAUAUAGAAAUGCGCGUCUGGGGGAUCUGAGUCCUCAUAUUUUCGCUGUUGCUGAUGCAGCGUAUAAAGCAAUGAUGGAUGAGCAGAGGAGCCAGGCGGUCUUAGUUAGCGGUGAGAGCGGUGCGGGGAAAACAGAGACAACAAAGCUGCUCAUGCAGUACUUGGCGUUCAUGGGAGGAAGGAGUGGAGUGGAAGGAAGAACAGUAGAGCAACAAGUUCUUGAGUCGAAUCCAUUGCUCGAAGCAUUCGGGAAUGCGAAGACUAUCCGGAACAACAAUUCUAGCCGGUUUGGGAAGUUUGUGGAGAUUCAGUUCAACAAAGGGAAGAUCUCAGGAGCAGCCAUAAGAACAUACUUGCUUGAACGAUCAAGGGUUGUUCAGAUCUCCAGUCCGGAAAGGAAUUAUCACUGCUUUUACCAACUUUGUGCAGGUGCUUCCCCAGAGGACGCCAUUUUCAGAGUGGUUGCGUCUAUUCUUCAUCUGGGAAACAUAGAGUUUGUGGCAGGUAGUGAGCCAGAUUCAUCUCGUGUAGCAGAUGGGCGGUCAAGAUUCCAUCUGCAAGCGGCGGCAGAGCUCCUGAUGUGCAACGAAAAGAAGUUGGAGGAGUCCCUCACAACUCGGCUCCUGGUAACCGUGGGGGAAAGUGUGACGAAAUCGUUGGACAAGGAUGCGGCAGUAGGGAGCAGAGAUACACUCGCGAAAACUCUCUAUUCAAGGCUUUUUGAUUGGUAUCAGAAGGAGAUCCACAGUCUCGACAACUCGCUAGCUCACGUCCAAGACCGCCUUCAGCGGUUGGAGCAGCGACCAGUCGCCGCCGCCGAUGCAAGCUCUUCCAAUACCUCUGACCGCCUCAACGCAUUGGAGAUGGAUGUCGGCUCACUCAAAGAUGGCGUGCAAUUACAGCAGAUUGCAAUGCAACAGUUGCAGCAGCGGAUCUGUACCACCGCCAAUACCUCGAGUUUGGAGCCGCGCGAGACAGCUCCAAAGUUUGACGGGCAGGAGAUCUUCUGCGACUCGAUGAAGACAGAUCCGAUUCCAUGGUUCAGCAAGUUCGAGCUCACGCUGCAGCUGCACAACAUCAAAGAACACAAGCACCACGCAUACUUCGACAUAUCAUCUUCAAGUGGUUCUUCACGGGAUUCGGCACGCGAGUUCAACGUAGAGGCAUUGGACCCGCUCACGUCCGAGGACUUUGCAUGGCUUCCUCUCCCGACCACAGGCCUGUUGGGACCGCAAUGCGCAACACUUAGCGCUAAUCUUCACGCUUACUUAUCCUUCUAUGCACCACCAACUUCGCCGACGGAUGACGAAGUCACGGUGGGGGACAUCCUGGCGUAUACUACCAAGGUGGCCCGCGAGUUUCGCACGCAGCGGUACGAUGACAACAACGCACUGCUCAUGUAUGUCCGCAUUCAGGUUGGGCAAGCGUCCUGCAGCGCUUUGCUGGAUAGCGGCGCGUCUCGCAAUUUCAUGAGCCAGUCCUUUAUGCAAAAGGCUAGCCUUGGCGCACAAGUUCGGAGGAAGGCAAACCCGACGGCGAUCAAGUUGGCGGAUGGAAAGACGGAACAACUUCUCGACCGGCCUCUUCCUCGCAUCGACGAUCUUCUUGAGCGAUUGGGCGGCGCAAAAUAUUUUUCCAAGUUGGAUUUGAAAUCAGGAUAUCAUCAAAUCUCGAUCCAGCCGAACGACCGCUACAAGACCGCGUUCAAGAUGAGGUACGACCAUUUCGAGUGGGUGGUCAUGCCUUUUGGCCUCACCAACGCCCCGGCGACCUUUCAGGCGGCAAUGACCAAUGAAUUUCGUGCAAUGUUGGACCAGUUCGUGCUGGUUUACUUAGACGAUAUUCUCGUCUAUAGCCGGUCAUUGGAGGAUCAUCUUGGGCAUCUUCGACGAGUGUUGGAGACGCUCCGCCGCGCCAAGUACAAGGCCAACCGCGACAAGUGUGAAUUUGUCCGGCAGGAGCUGGAAUACUUGGGCCAUUUCGUCACACCGGAGGGCAUCAGUCCGCUAUCGGAUAAGAUUCAGGCCGUCCAAGAGUGGCCGGAGCCUUGGAACGUCACAGAUGUCCGCUCGUUCCUUGGUCUCGCCAGCUACUAUCAGCGCUUCAUCAAAGACUACUCGAAGAUCGCGGCCCACUUGAACAAGCUUCAAUGCGAGGAUCGGCCGUUUGACUUCGGAGAGGAGGUGCGGGGAUCAUUCUUCGCUCUCAAGGUCGCGCUAUUGUCUGCGGAGGGCUUGCGGAUAUACGACCCGCUCUUGCCUACGCGCAUCACUACGGAUGCGACAGGCUAUGGCAUUGGUGCAGUCCUCGAGCAACAUGACGGUGUGGACUGGCACCCGGUCGAAUACUUCAGCAAGAAAGUGCCCAUCGUGCAUUCCAUUGAUGAUGCACGCAAGAAGGAGCUCCUCGCCUUCGUCCACACGCUCAAGCGGUGGCGGCACUUCCUCCUUGGUCAAAGCCAAUUUCGCUGGGUAACGGACAACAAUCCAUUGGUCUUUUACAAGACCCAAGACACCGUCAACAGCACCAUCGUUCGAUGGAUGGCUUUCAUCGACCAGUUCGACUUCUUUCCCGAUCACAUUCCCGGGAAGUCGAACCGUUUUGCGGAUGCUCUUCCACGGCGUCCGGAUCAUUGUACCGCGGUCUACUCAACCUUCGAGAUCGACGACGACCUGCGGAACAGUUUCAUCCGCGGCUACCAAGCCAACCCCGAGUUUCGCGACAAGUACGCGAAUUGCUCCUCUCCUAAUCCGGUUCCUUCUCACUACCGGAUCCAAGAGGGGUACUUGCUUGUCCACACGCGGGGGAAGGACCUUCUUUGCGUGCCAAGUGAUCCUCACUUGCGUACACGGCUUCUUGGCGAGUUCCACGAUGCUCUCGCCACCGGACACUUUGGAGUUAAUCGCACGAUUGGCCGACUUCGCCAACGAUUUUGGGAAGCGAUUGCCAUGGACAUUACCGGCCCGUUCCCCAAGCACAAGACCGGAGUGGAUGGGAUUCUUACGGUGGUCGACCGACUCACCAAGUUCGUCGUGUUUUUGCCUUGUCGCUAUCAUGCCAAGGCACCGGAGUUGGCCGAGGUUCUCUACGCCGGUUGGAUUCGAACCAAGGGUUACCUCAAGGAAAUCGUCUGCGACCGCUACACUCGUUUCAUGUCCGAUUUUUGGUUGGCACUCAUCAAGCGAUGGGGCUCAUCUCUCAGGCCCAGUUCAGCUCGCCACCCUCAGACCAAUGGCCAGAUGGAGAGGGCGCAUCAGACUGCACAGGUUCUCCUUCGCACUCUCAUCCGCCCCGACCAGAAGGACUGGGUUGAGCGGCUGCCGGAUGUCGAGUUGGCCUACAACUCAUCUAUCCACCCGGCUAUCGGGAUGUCGCCCUUUGAGUUUGAGCACGGCUCGCCGGUCACUUCACCAUUGGACGCUAUUACUCCACGAACGGUCGAGAGCGACGACCAUCUUCUUUUCUUGCGUCGGAUGCAAGAGCUUCUUGUCAAGGCACGCGAUCAGAUGGCUAAGACGCAGCAGCGCAUGAGCCAACAGGCCAAUCGCCAGCGUCUUCCUUGCCCAUUCCGCGCAGGCGACCUUGUUUGGGUUUCCGCAGCGGAAUUCAGCCUUGAACAAGACAUCUAUCGCAAGCUCCUCCCGAAAUGGAUGGGGCCUUGGCCGAUCGUAGCGCCCGCUGGGGACGCACCCGAGGGACCUUCCUUCACGAUUCAGCUGCUUGGCCACUUGCCGGUCUACCCAGUCUUUCAUUGCUCCAAGUUGGCUCUUUACACGCCAGCGGAACAUGACGAUUUUCCCGGGAGACGUACGCAAGACCCACCUUCUAUGGACGGUUUUCAGGAGGUCGGCGACAUCAUCUCCCUGCGACGCUACGACAACAAGCCAACUGAGUAUUUGCAUGUAUUUAAGAUGGAACAAGAGGAGUACAAGAGGGAGGAGAUCAAUUGGAGCGAUAUCGAGUUCCUUGAUAAUAUUGAUGUGCUAGAUCUGAUCGAAAAGAAACCCCUAGGGAUUAUUGCUCUGCUUGAUGAGGCAUGUAUGUUCCCAAAGGCCACCCCACAGUCAUUCUCUAGCCUGCUGUAUAGCACAUUUGCAAAUCACAAGCGCUUCCGUCGGCCUAAAUUUGGCAGAACUUCAUUUGCAAUUGAUCAUUACGCUGGGGAGGUAACGUACUCAGCUGAUCUUUUUUUAGAAAAGAACAGGGAUUAUGUCAUUGAUGAGCAUCGGCAACUCAUGCAUGCCUCUACAUGCGCGUUUGUCGCAAACUUGUUUCCACCACCAGAAGAGGUUCGAUCUGCUGGGAAGCAUGGAGCAAAAGGUGGAUCUUCUUUCUCAUCAAUUGGAAGCCGAUUUAAGCUCCAAUUGCAGGCACUCAUGGAGACGUUGAGCACUACCCAGCCUCAUUAUGUCAGAUGUGUAAAGCCAAACACAGAGCAAUUGGCCCAGCAGUUUGAUUUCGGAUUCGUCCUUCAACAGCUGCGAUGCAGUGGUGUCCUGGAGGCAGUUCGGAUCAGCUGUGCAGGAUUUCCUACAAGGCGAACAUUUGCCGAGUUUGUUGAUCGCUUCCUUCUUCUCUGCCCAGAUGCUGUUGCUGUAAGUCCUGACGACAAGGCAGCAUGCAUCCGGAUACUAGAGUGCGCUGGUCUGACAGGAUAUCAGGUUGGACUAACGAAGUUGUUCCUAAGGGGGGGGCAAAUGGCAGUUCUGGACACAAGGAGGAUGGAGAUUAUGAGUAAAGCAGCUACUUUAGUCACAAGAAAAGCCCGCACUUUCCUAUUAAUAAAAGCCUUCCGCCGAUUGCGCAAAGCUUCAAUUUGUUUUCAGACGUGCUGGCGAGGGGUACGUGCAAAAAGAGAGUUGGAGGCGCUCAGGCAAGUGAGGGCUGCAACAAACAUUCAGCGCUUUGUGCGGGGAAGGGUACAGUGGAAGUGGUAUUCAGAAAUGCGUGCUGCUGCAACAAAGAUUCAAUCAUCUGUCCGAAUGCUAUUUGCAAAGCAUGAACUCAACAAACUUCGAGAGAACAACGCCGCGGAGAUCAUUCAGGCACAAUGGCGCCGUCACUAUGCAUCACAGAAGUACCAGGCGAUGUUAUCUGCGACCCUCACAUUACAAUGCAGUUGGAGGAGGAAGAUUGCCCGCCGAGAGCUAAGGCACCUAAGACAGCAAGCGAGGGAGACUGGAGCCCUUCGCGAAGCAAAGAACCGACUGGAGAAACAGGUCGAAGAGCUAACGCUGCGGUUGCAACUAGAGAAGCGCAAGGCGAUGGAGAUCGAGGAGGCAAGACAAGCCGAGGUUGCAGGAGUGAUGGAGAUGAUGGAGCAGAUGAAGGAACAGGUGGAGGAAACAAAGUCAGCCUUGCUUACAGAACGCCAGAAGUAUAAGAAAUCUAUGGAGCAAGCACGACAAGCCGAACGUGAGGCUGCUGCAGCAGAGGCCCGUGCAGCGGCUACCCAAGCUGCCCUUGAAGAAAUUCACAAACUGAGGGAGGAAAACUGUAAACUGAAGGAACAAGUUGAAGCUGUCGAGAGCAGAGCUAGUGGGAUGGCAUCCAAGCUUGAAGAGGUGAUUGCUGCUAAGGAGGAACUUGCUCUGAAAUUUCAAGAAGACCAAGCAACUUCAGAAUCAUUGCGACAAGCUCUAGAAAGCAUGGAAGAAAAGCUUGAUGACCUCAACUCAGAGAACCAAGUCCUCCGUCAGAAGGCAUUGGAUAUGGUCAAAGUUGAGGAGAGUGCUAGGGAAGACAGCCUGAAGUUGCAGGAACAGGCGGAAACCAUCGCCAAACUGCAAUCGGCUAACGAGGAACUUCAGAAAAUCGCAGAGCGAGUCACCGAGCUCGAGUGCCUGAUGCAGAGGUUUGAGGAAGUUGAAGCAGAGAAAGGAGAAUUGGAGACGCAGAAGGGUGCCUGGAUGUUGGAAAGGAAAGAGCUGGAGAUCCGUGUGGCGGAAGCAGAGGCCAAGAAGCACGAAGCAGAAAAUCACGCCGAAGAGUUGGAGAGAGCGAAAGCGGAGGUCGAGAAGAGUGGGGCGGAGAAGGUUGCAGAAUUAGAGUCCAGGAAUUCAAGACUGCUGCAAGCCGCAGAAAAAGGCGCAGAAUCUCGGCAAGCUGAGAUAGAGGCUCAAGCUGACAAGAAACUUGCGGAGAUGCAAUCUGAAAUCGACAGACUGAAGCAGGCGGCGCAGGGUGCAGAGAAGCUCGCAGAGUUGCAAUCAGAGAUUGAAAGACUGAGGAAAGAAAAUAAGGUGGUGCAAAAGGUCGCAGAGUUGGAACUGGAGAAUGCAAAACUAAAGCUACAGGUGUCUUCUGCGCAGAAGGCUCCCAUGGAGGUGGACUCCCGCCUCGGAAAUGGGAAACCAGUUGCGGCGGCAAAACCACAGCCAGAAGUUCUUGCAUCCGAAACAAGUCCAGGUACUUCUUCUGCAGCUGAUGGCAGUCAAAGCAGAAGUUCUGUGUCUGCAUCAACACCUUCGCUUUCGCGGACAAGUGAAAGUGUUUCAACCUCCAUAAAGCAGCAACACACGCCUCCUGUCGCAGUUUCCCCAGCAGAAAGACCUAGCACAGUCCCACCCUCUGCGGGUCCGUCACCUGGGAAGGUAAUAGACCCUUCAUUGUCAGGUUUGUCAGGUGUGUCCCCAUCGACAAGGCAGGAUGCAAAUGGAACCUCAGCGGUGCCUUCCGAUCAGAUGCCCUCAGUUGCGGCUGCAAUUGAAGCCCAGCUUCCUGCUCUUAUUGCCCAGAUGGCACCAGCACUCGUUGCACAGAUGGCUGCUGCAGCGCCAUCGAUUGUGGCACAGAUGGCAGCCACUGCUCCUAACAGGGCAUCAGGCAGCAGGUCAACAUCUGACCCAUCUAGGCGUAGCUCGGUUUUGCUGCCUUCAACUCAGCAGUCACGAGAUGUUCGGAGUUUGCAGGCAAUCAGUGCUUAUCAGCGGAAACCAGUCAGUCUAUUGUCAAAGCACUUUGAUCACGUUGCUAUGAAGGAAUCGGCGAGUAUCCGGCCACGUCAAGGCCCUGAGCGGCUGCAGAGCGAAAAGGAGACGAAGGCGGAAUCCAAGGCAAGACUGCAGAGAACUGGAGAGCAAGGACUGUCCCGAACCAUGUCCGAACAAGCCCCGGUGGAAUCGAGGGCAGCAGGAACCCAUUUGGCAGGUCAUUCAGCAACCCCUUCAUUCAGUUUAGGAGAGACUUCCAGAGCAAAGGAACGUUCGCCAUCGAAGGUGAAGGAUCCCUCGCCUUCUCGUAUUGAUCAGAAGCGACAGAGGGAGAGAGCUCGGCUAACAAGGAUGGAGCUGGAUAUAGCAAAUCUUUUGCAGAUGAUGGAAGAGGAUGUUGGAUUUGAUGGAGACCACCCUGUCGCAGCCGUAGUAAUAUUCAGGUCGCUCUAUCACUGGAACUCUUUUGAAGCAGAGCGAACGACAGUAUUCACUCGCAUCAUUUCAAAGAUCAACUCAUUUGUUGAUCAAAAUGUUGAAAACAGUAGUGUCUUGGCAUACUGGUUGUCGAAUACAUCUACGCUAUUGAAUCUGCUGCACCGUACAUUGAAGCCCUCCACAUCUGGAGCCGGACCAAGGACGCGAAGGAGUGGAGUAGUGUCUCAGUCAUUGAAGGUGAGAAGAAGAGUUUAUGCCCAAUGGAUUAUUGGAACCAUAUUGAUGUAAAGCAGCAAUAUGAAGAAUACUAGCACCUGCAAUUAUAAAAGGAAGUAAGUAAUGAAGACUAAAAAAGAUU